CCUACACCUGAGCAUACCUGGAUAUCUUACCGAACAGAACACACCUGCUGUGAGACUGGAACUACCUGGCCUAUUUGCCUGAUACAAAUUUAAGAAACUACAAAAUGUCUGACGAUGAUGUUGCCGCCCUGGUUAUCGACAAUGGCUCUGGUAUGUGUAAAGCCGGUUUCGCCGGGGACGACGCUCCACGUGCUGUCUUCCCAUCCAUCGUCGGCAGACCAAGGCAUCAGGGUGUGAUGGUUGGUAUGGGACAGAAAGACAGCUAUGUGGGAGACGAGGCCCAGAGUAAGAGAGGUAUCCUCACCCUGAAAUACCCCAUUGAACACGGUAUCGUCACAAACUGGGACGACAUGGAGAAGAUCUGGCAUCACACCUUCUACAACGAGCUGCGUGUGGCCCCAGAAGAGCACCCCGUCCUUCUGACGGAGGCCCCCCUCAACCCCAAAGCCAACAGAGAAAAGAUGACACAAAUCAUGUUUGAAACCUUCAACUCCCCAGCAAUGUAUGUGGCUAUCCAGGCUGUCCUUUCUCUGUAUGCUUCUGGUCGUACCACAGGUAUUGUGUUGGACUCUGGUGAUGGUGUGACCCACACUGUCCCCAUCUACGAGGGUUACGCCCUUCCUCAUGCAAUUCUUCGUUUGGAUUUGGCCGGCCGAGAUCUUACUGAUUACCUCAUGAAAAUCUUGACCGAGCGUGGCUAUUCGUUCACAACCACAGCCGAGAGAGAAAUUGUGAGAGAUAUUAAAGAAAAGUUGUGCUACGUCGCCCUCGACUUCGAACAGGAAAUGCAAACCGCAGCCUCGUCUUCAUCACUGGAGAAGAGCUACGAAUUACCUGACGGUCAGGUCAUCACCAUUGGCAACGAGAGAUUCAGGUGUCCAGAAGCCCUCUUCCAGCCAUCUUUCUUGGGUAUGGAAUCUGCUGGUAUUCACGAAACCACAUACAACUCAAUCAUGAAGUGCGACGUAGAUAUCCGUAAAGACUUGUACGCUAACACAGUUUUGUCUGGCGGAAGCACCAUGUUCCCCGGCAUUGCUGACCGUAUGCAGAAGGAGAUCACAGCUCUUGCCCCACCCACAAUGAAGAUCAAGAUCAUCGCCCCACCCGAGAGGAAAUACUCUGUCUGGAUCGGUGGUUCUAUUCUGGCGUCUCUGUCUACCUUCCAACAGAUGUGGAUCAGCAAAGAGGAGUAUGAUGAGUCCGGACCCAGCAUUGUCCACAGGAAGUGCUUCUAGAUCUCAUGACAAUAUGGCUAUAUCUCAUUCUCUCGUGACUGGAAAGAGUUUAUUUUACAAAAUAGAACCAAAUGUUAUUAAAGGACAAUUGAUUUAUUUUUUUUUCUAUUUUGAUCAUCUUUGUAUAUAUGUGAAUAAAACGUUGAAUAUUUUUUUAUUCUGAAACAUUUUAA